AUUUCGGACACGGUAGCCGUGAAAAGAUCACCAAAGACCAAAGUUGAAGAACUUGAGCUCGGAAGUUGUGAUUUGGGCAUCGAAUAUUUAUAUGUCUCUUCCGUUGGAAUUGUAGCAUCACCACCCACCGCUUCACGUGUCGCUGUUGCAGAAAAUCUUUACCGUUCCGAUUCGAUUCCUCUGUUCUUCCGUCGCCCCUCCACUUUUCAAACUCCUACCUCGAUCUUCCUCCAUUUCCGUCCACGAUGCAGUACAAGAACUUGGGGAGGUCCGGGUUGAAGGUGAGCCAGCUAUCCUACGGGGCUUGGGUCAGCUUCGGAAACCAGCUCGAUGUGCGGGAGGCCAAAUCUCUUCUCCAGUGUUGCCGUGACCAUGGCGUCAAUUUCUUCGACAACGCCGAAGUCUACGCCAAUGGCCGGGCCGAGGAGAUCAUGGGCCAGGCCAUUCGGGAGCUCGGAUGGAAGCGCUCCGACAUCGUCGUCUCCACCAAGAUCUUCUGGGGCGGUUCCGGUCCCAAUGACAAGGGCCUCUCCAGGAAGCACAUCGUUGAAGGUACCAAGGCUUCGCUCAAGCGAUUGGAUAUGGAUUACGUCGAUCUUAUCUACUGUCACCGCCCGGACUCCUCCACGCCGAUCGAGGAGACGGUGAGGGCCAUGAAUCAUGUGAUUGAUAAGGGAUGGGCGUUUUAUUGGGGAACCAGUGAGUGGUCCGCUCAGCAGAUCACGGAGGCUUGGGGAGUCGCCGAUCGAUUGGAUUUGGUUGGCCCGAUCGUGGAGCAGCCCGAGUAUAAUUUGUUAUCUCGGCAUAAGGUCGAGUCCGAGUUCCUCCCUUUAUACACCAACUAUGGUUUGGGUUUAACAACAUGGAGUCCACUGGCAUCUGGUGUGCUCACUGGGAAAUAUAACAAGGGAAGCAUACCACCUGAUAGCCGAUUUGCUUUGGAAAAUUACAAGAAUCUUGCAAACCGAUCAUUGGUUGAUGACGUGUUGAGAAAGGUCAAUGGGUUGAAACCAAUUGCAGACGAGCUAGGUGUGCCAUUGUCGCAGCUAGCAAUUGCGUGGUGUGCUGCAAAUCCUAAUGUCUCAUCAGUCAUUACUGGUGCAACGAAAGAAUCUCAGGUGCAGGAGAACAUGAAAGCUGUGGAUGUGAUCCCGUUGCUAACUCCUGCAGUAAUGGAGAAGAUCGAGGCUGUUGUUCAAAGCAAGCCAAAGCGUGCAGAGUCAUUUAGGUGAAGAUAGCACAUUAUUUAGCAGUUAGCACCGUUGUCUUCUGCGGCUCCCAUUUUUCUAUGUUGUUUAUUGGUGUGUUAUGACCUUCAUUGUAUCUCGUAUGUUUGUAAUGAACUAGUGGGGGGACUUCAUUAUUCUGGCCUUUGGUGUGUAUGAUUUUUAGGGAGGUAAAACAAACAAUUCUUAAUUAUAUAAAAACUUGAUGAAGUAUCGAUGGUCGCAUGGACCAAUGCUUCUGUUUCGUUCAA